AGGCAGGUCAGAUAUAAUCUGUUUAUGACUUUACUGGAAUUACAGCCUCGUUGUUUCUGUGUGUGAGAGGAUUACCCCACCGUGGGAUUAAUAAUCCGUUCAUAAACUAAAGCCUAAAAACACCACGAGUGGAUUUAUUCAGUGAGUGAUGACGUUUACUAACCACGUGAACGUCUAAUUCCACUGUUUACGUAUCCCAGUGUGUUUAUAAAGUUCUAGUUCAAAAGGAACAAACUGAUGAUCCAAACGUAGAACAGAGGAUGGCACUUCCGGUCCCAGAGGACCGCUGUCCAGCCUGUUUUACUUGUUUCCCUGCUCCAACACGCCCGCGUUGAGUCAGCAGGUUAUUUGAACCUCCGCGGUUCGGGCGUCUGCUGAUGGGUCAGCUGACUGGAUGCUGACUCAGCACGCUACGAGUUAUUUUAACGUCACUUCCUGUUUUAGUAGCGCUUCGGUUCGGAUGAGUUGAGCUGGGAGUUUGUGCCAUGUCCCGUCUGGAUCAAGUGAAGCGGAGUCUGGAAGCAGCGGGACAGGCCCACGUCCUGCGGUUCUGGCCGGAGCUCGGUGAGGAGCAGCAGGAGGACUUCCUGGAGGAGCUGCUCCUGCUGGACCUGCAGCGGCUCAGGGAGCACUGCCAGGCGGCCGCGGAGGCAGCAGCCGCCCCGCCCUGCAGCCUGGACCGGGACAUGGAGCCGGUACCGCCUGAGAUAAUCGGCAGCGUGAAGUGGAGCGACCCGAGCUCUCUGAGCCGGUGGGAGGAUGAAGGAUUCCUGCAGAUCUCCAAGAGUCGGGUUGCAGUUCUGCUCCUGGCUGGAGGUCAGGGGACCAGACUUGGAGUUCCAUAUCCUAAAGGGAUGUUCGACGUUGGGCUUCCCAGCAGGAAAACUCUGUAUCAGAUCCAAGCGGAGAGAAUCCGGAAGGUCCAGCAGUUGGCCGACAGCAGACACGGGUCAAGCUGCACCGUUCCAUGGUACAUCAUGACCAGUGAGUUCACACUGAAGCCAACACAGAAGUUCUUCAAGGAGAACCAGUACUUUGGACUGGAUCCAUCUAACAUCAUCUUGUUUGAGCAGAGGAUGGUUCCGGCCGUGACCUUUGAUGGAAAGGUCAUCCUGGAGGGGAAAGGGAAGGUUGCCAUGGCGCCAGAUGGAAACGGAGGUCUGUACCAGGCGCUGGUGGAUAACAAGGUUCUGGAGGACCUGGCCCGGAGGUCCGUGGACUUCCUACAUGUGUACUGUGUGGACAACAUCCUGGUGAAGAUGGCUGACCCGGUUUUUAUCGGGUUCUGUGUGAGCAGAGGAGCCGACUGCGGUGCCAAGGUGAUAGCGAAGGCGCAUCCAGCGGAGCCGGUGGGCGUGGUCUGCAGAGUCCGAGGGGUGCCUCAGGUGGUGGAGUACAGCGAGAUUCCAAAGGAGACGUCAGAACUCCGAGGUCCUAACGGGGAACUGGUCUACAGCGCCGGAAACAUCUGCAACCACUUCUUCACCAGAACCUUCUUGGAGGACGUGGCUGAGAUGUUCAUGGACCAGCUGAAGCAACACGUGGCAAUAAAGAAGGUUCCUUUUGUGGACUCAAGUGGGAAUCUGGUGAAACCCACCAAACCAAACGGGAUCAAGAUGGAAAAAUUUGUCUUUGAUGUCUUUCCAUUUUCCAAGAACUUCGUUGUGUUCGAGGUUGUCAGGGAAGACGAGUUUUCUCCUCUGAAGAACGCUGACGGAGCAGAUUCAGACACUCCGACUGCUGCCAGAAACUCUUUGUUGAGUCAGCAUUCCCGCUGGGUUUCCUCAGCUGGAGCCACUCUGUUGGACAGAGACGGAACCGUCAUCAGACCUGCAUCUUGUUCAUCAGCUGAUCAGCAUCCUGCUGAGUGUGAGAUCUCCCCUCUGGUCUCGUACUUCGGAGAGGGCCUGGAGCAGCUGCUCAAAGGGAAAAGGAUAAGCACUCCAUUUAUCCUGGAUGAGAAACGAGUUGAAGAGCCGCAGGAACAGUAGAGCUCAUAUAGUCAGGUCAGAGGUCAGGUCAGUCUGUCUCAUCUGACCCUGGAGAUGCUUCAGUGGAAAUAAGUAUGAACUCAUCUGAUGGAAAAUCUGAACUUGAACGCUGAUUGGGGAUCAGAGAUGAAAGACGGGAAUUCUUACAAAACUGUUUAUAACCAACAAAUGAAAACAUGAAAUAAACAUUUUACUAACUUUGA